GGCGUUUGUGAGUAUCAAAGAAACUCUUGCUUCCUCCCCAGCAUUACGUCAUGCCGAUGCCAGCAGGCCAGUUCCAUCUAUGGACAUGGAACUCGAUCCUAUUCAGCGGCCCUGGGUCAAAGGGUUCCAAGAAGAAACUCCUAUGGGAUGGUAGGCUAUUACUCAGCUCCUAUUCCUGUUUCAAUGGCAGGACAGCAUCCGUGCCUGUUGAUAUGCGACUGUGCAGAGUGGGCCGUAAAGAUUACAGAGGACAUUGUGACUCAUCAGAAGGUGAUACUGCACACUAGACACCAGAUUUUGAAACUGUUAACAAACACUCGUUUAGGCUCUAUCUCUAAUCAAAGACGAGCUAAAUGGGAGACCACUCUCUUGAGUAAAAAUGUGGAUAUAAAUAUUGACAUUGAAUCUGCUAUCAACCCUGCCUCCUUACUUCCAGAAGAAGGAACUGCACACAACUGUGCCCGACUGAUCGAGACGGACAGCCAGAGCCCUCUUCAAUCUGAACCACUUUCUGAUGCCAUGAAGUUGUUCGUGGAUGGUUCCAGCUUUCAUGAACAGGGAAAAGGUUUCAACGGCUGGGCGGUUGUAAAUGAACAUGGUGAAACUGUUGACUGUGGUUCUCUUUCAGGAGGAGGGGCUCAAGUGGCCGAGCUGGUCGCAUUGACACGAGCAUUGCAGUAUGGCCAGGGGAAACGAGUCAAUGUUUACACUGACAGCCGUUAUGCAUAUGGUGCGGUUCAUGACUUCGGCCCUGUGUGGAGACGCAGAGGAUUUCUAACCACUGCCGGUCUGCCGAUCUCUCAUCAACAGCAGGUAAAAGAACUUAUGAAUGCCUGUGAUCUUCCUGCAACAGGAGCAGUUAUCAAAGUCACUGGACAUGCAACGGACAAUUCUCCUGAGGCCACAGGAAACCGAGCUGCUGACACAGCUGCCAGAGAUGCUGCAACACGGACUGAGACUUGCGUGAGUGUUAUGGCUCUUGCUCCUCAGGAGAGUGAGACCCCCAGAGACAUUUUUAAACUCUAUGAUGAGGAUGACCCUGAAGAGAUAGAACAAUGGACAAAAUUAGGAGCGCAGAAAAAUGCAGAAGGACUGUGGAAAUGUAAUAAGCGUUUUGUUUGUCCUGUUUCUGCUAGAACUGAACUAAUGUCUUUGUAUCAUGGUUUGGCACAUGCAGGUCCUGAAAAACUACAUGCAAUGAUUUCCAAAACCUGGUGGUGGCCACGACUGAGGGCUUCUUGCAAUGAUUUUUGUAAGAGAUGUCUAGUAUGCCUUAACAUGGGUUGAGGCAUUUCCACUGAGAAACUGCACAGCAGAUGCAACCGCCAAGAUUAUGUUGAAUGACGUUUUCCCAAGAUGGGGUUUGCCCUUACAAAUUGAUUCAGAUCAGGGUACACAUUUUACUGGUAAGGUGAUGAAAAAUGUCAUGAAGUUGAUGGGGGUGAGGCAACACUUUCACAUUCCAUUUAGGCCCCAAUCUAGCGGAUCUAUUGAACGCACUAAUCGUACGCUUAAAACUUCAUUGAGAAAGAGAUUGUUGGAGUGGGGGAAAGGGUGGCAUGCGGCUGUCCCAGCGAUUUUGUUAAGCAUGAGAGCCAGCCCUAACAAGACUACACAGCUCAGCCCUUUUGAGGUAAUGACAGGUUGCUACAUGCGGCUGCCCUGGGAUGCCCCUUGCAACAUGAGGGACCAUCCGGGCCUUUGAAAGACGCUUUACAAAAUUAUCUGAAAGCUUUGGAUGACAGUCUGCGAGACACACGGGUUAGUGUUAGCACACGACAAGCAGAUCGAGAUAAUUUUGAGCAAAAAGACAUGCCUGCUUUGCCUGAAAUAGGUGACAAUGUAAUGCCACGGCGGGAGAUAGUUUCCCCCUUAGGUCCGAAAUUUGAUGGGCCUUAUCAGGUGGUAUUGACCACUAACACCUCUGUUCUACUGGACAGGGGUGUUUUGGGUACAGUAUGGAGAAAUUGGUCACAGGUGAAACCACUUGAAAAGUGUAACAACGUACUACCUCGGGAUCAUUAAAUGUCUGUCGUGUAUGUUAAAAUUUUAGAAUUCUAGAACAAAUGUUUUAUCAUUACAGAUGGCUGAAACCGACGACAUACUGAAGCUGCUAAUUCUUCAAGAAGAAGUGCGUAGUGCGAGACGACUGAUAGUGAAACGAGCUUUCAUCCGAUUGGUACUUCCGCUCUCGUUGGUAUUUUUAAUUCUGAUCGCUUUAUCAUUUUUGAUGUGGAUUCAAAUUUCAAUUUGGACAGGGAGAUUCCAUGCGUUUUCAACGCAUUGGGAUUGCGAGGAGAUCGAUAACCGUCCAUCAUGGGUACAAUACCCAUGUCUAAAUUCAACGGAGGGUCUAAAUUUAAUUCCGACUAUGUACCAAAAGGUAAAUGAUCGUUGUUAUCAUCUGGACGGAAAUGAGACAGUGACCUAUUGGCUUGGUCACUCCCCAAAUUAUCCCGAUACUACCCUCAUUAUGCAAAAAGGUCGGUGGAUGGGGAGUGGGUGUCCUCUGUCUGUGUGUGUGGAUGUGUGUUCGUUUCUGUUUUUCUUAUGUAUGCAGGUCUGCUUGCAGUAACUUGAACCCUUCCGAGGAGGAAAACCGACUGAGAAAACUGACGACAGGCUUGGAAGAGAAACUUAAGAAGGAUAACAUCAAUGCCCUGUUGUGAGUGGAAGGGGGGAGAGCCUUUGCGUGGGGACUGGGAAUUUUUAGUAUCCAGCAUGUCCGCAAUGAGGCGAAGAGACAAGUGUGACCCGUCAGGGAAGCAUGCGUUACCACUCCACCUUCCGUAGUGACCUCACUUGGUAGACCAGACGUGGCGGUAUUGGACCCCACAUUGGUCUAAAACGGGGGACUGAAGGGUGAGCGUCGAAAUCCCUUGUCUCUUCAGAUAUAUCAAUACAUAUAUAUAUAUAUCCUUUUAUAUCAAUAUCUAUCUAUAUUCUGUUGCUUAACUUCUUUAAUAAAAUGAUGAAUUAACUAUAUGCAUGA